GUCAUAGUUUUUUUUACACCUGUGACUUUUUUUGAAGGCAUCACUUCUCUGUGAAACUUAUUGAAUAAAUACAAAGCGGACUUCGCUCUUAAAUGUCGCUGAAUAUAUUUUACAGUUGCAAAGCAAAUAUUUGAGUUUAGGGAUUGACUUAUUAUUAAAAUUAAGUGAAGAAUCAUAAAAUAACUAACAAAACGAGGUGAUGCCAGUAUAAUAUUUGCACAUACAUAUACGCAUGAUAUCGCUUCUAGUAAUUGAAUAAAUCACUGUAAAUCAAUAUUCUAUAUGAAUAAUUAAACAUUUUUAUUAAUGAGGAGAUAAACGUGUGGGCAGUACAGCGAAGAGGUAACAAAACAAUUGUAAACUUUUCAACUCGACAAAACCUAAAACUUUCAAACAAUUGACGCUUUUCCCACACCACUUCAACAAGUUAGAAGUGACUGCAAUAACUGAAUAUGUUCGCUCGCCUGCGUGACUUCUUUAGGAGCCAUCGUCGAAAAUUCAUAGUAACAGGGGUUGUAAUUGGAGGCACUUUCAUAGCAAUCAAAUAUGCUCAGCGUAAACUUAUUGAAUUCCAGGAGCGGCAAGCACGCGAGUUUUUUGAAAAGACUCGGCGUUUGCAGCAUUUCGAAUCGACAGAACGCACCUGUAAUAAAGUAAUCAUUGGAAUGGGCGCCGAGCUAUAUGCAGCCAUAAUACGCGAGUGCAGCACCGAUGUUCUGCUCGAAAAACUCCGUCAAAAUCCUCCCAAUAAACUGGAAUUGUGGGAAGAAAUGAAGAUUGUUGCAUUCACGCGCCUCACGACAUUCAUUUAUGCCUCUUCAAUGCUAGUCAUUGCAUUGCGUGUGCAACUAAAUCUGCUCGGCGGCUAUUUGUACCGAGAUAUCACAACGGAAAAGAAACAAAUUUCCGAAGGACUAAAGGAACAUUACCUCUCACUUAUACGACAUUUUAUCCAUGAAGGUGGCUUAAGUGAGCUGGUACGCGUUAUACGUUCAAAAGUGCUUAUCAUAAUGAAACCAUUGGAAUUGACAAAACGUUUCUGCCUAGCAGAUAUCGAACAACUCUUCUGGACGUUACAAAUGGCCAUCAACAGUGAUGUGGGUGAUCCAAAUGCUAAAAUGGCUACAUACUUGAUGCCACCACAAGUGCCAGAAUACAACACAGUUGGCCCGCUAUUAGAGAAGAUGUAUAGUGAAACACUAGAUCUGCUAGAAAGCGAUGAUGCCUCAUCGGUAUGUUCAAAUAAUAUCUGCCGCGGAUUUUCCUUAGCAGUAGAUGCUAUUGCGGAGAGUCUAGGAGAAACAUUAGCUCUGACACAACAACAUGCAUCAAGUACAAAAAUCACACAAAAAUAUGAAGGUGGCGAUGAUGCAGCAGGAAAAACCCAUAGUAUACUCAAUAUAAAUGGCGUAGAAAUGGCAUUGGCCAAAAUUAUACCGAUUGUAAGCGGUUUAACUUCGAAAGGAUUCGAUGAGUCGACGCGACCACAAAAUUUGGCCACAUCGCUAAUCACAUUCUUUGUAGUCGAUGAGAAAAGCAAAGUAUUCGGUGCGAAUGUGUAUGAAACAUUUACCUCCUCAUAAAAAUUAAAAAAACAAAAUAUUUUAUUAUUCUGCAAAGGCCUUUAAAUAAUAUAAGUGUACGCAUUGCUGCUUAUUGAUUUCUUCAUAUUCUUUGCAUAUGUAAACUUCCUUUUUGACUGUAUGUACAUAGAUAUGUAGAUUUCAGCUCGAGAAACCACAAUAAAAAAGGUAGCAGACAGUUGGUGAGUCACAGGAUGGGCUCUAAAAUAUAUAACAACUAUUUGCUAUUUGUCAUAUAAGUAAAUAAUGCUACAAUCAGAAAAGCGCUCUCAGAUUUCAUACGAAAAAAGAACAAAAAAGCAUUUCAUUCCAAUAUACCUAACAAAAAUGUGUGUGUCAAUUAUAAUAUGUUUUGCUGAAAUUUAUUUAUUAAUUUUUAUGUGGUUACGAGAACGAUAGUAAUUAUUUGAACGUGUUUAUAAAUUUAAAAUACAUAUAAAAAUCAAACUAUUGGACCAAUAUGAAAUUGAAAAUAGUAACUAUA